UGUUAUCUGUGUUAAAGAAAAUGUAAGUUGUGUUCUAUUGGAAUAGGAGAAGUUUGGUACGCUUCUUUGUGGUGUUUUGUUUCACCCACUACCUGUGAACAUGGUCGGCCUGGCGGGUUGUCUAAGCCGGCCCACCAAUGUACUGUGGGUUGUUGUGUUGGGUAGUCCUCUGUGCUACAGACGGAGAAUGUAGGGACGCCCUGGACCUCAUGUCGGUUGGUGUGUUGGUUGGUCCUCCGUGCUAGACAGAGUUGUGAGGACGCCCUGGACUGGAUGAUAGUUGGGGUGACAUGUCAGGUGUGCUACGGGGAUUCGAAGAGCGUCAGUGUGGGCCACUGAAGUCGAAACACUUCAAGCAAUAAACACCUGUUACGAUUUGUGGUUUAUUACACAUUUGGAAUCCCCAACAUUUCGACUUCAACCACAAUGGGCUGGCAAGAGGAGAUGGAAUUGUUAAAGAGGAAGAGGGCCAUUGCCAAGGGGAAAUUCACAAGAAAGGUGACCCUGCUGGAUGAGGGUGUACGGGAAGGUGAGCCAGUAUCAGUAUUGAAGAAUAACUAUGAACAGAUUUCUGAGGCCUUUCAACACCUAGAAGACAGUAAUGAUGUGAUAUUAAAAUAUGUGUGUGAUAAUAAAUUAGAAGACAAGUUAGUUAAGGAGGCUGAAGAAUACAUGAUAGAUUGUGAAAGAAUCAUGAAGAAAAGACUAACAGAAAUUAGUAGCAUUGAAAACAUACAGAACAGUGUCAAGCCUAAAGUAAAGAUAAAGGCAUUUGAGCCUCCUAAAUUUGAUGGGAAUUUAAGAGAGUACCCUCGUUUUAAGGAGGACUUUAAAAAUCUAGUCAAAAGUGUGUAUGGUGAAGAUGCGUAUGCAUUGAAAAUGUGUCUCAGUGGUGAUGCCCUUCAGACUGUCAGAGGUGCAGAAGACGGAGAAUGUAGGGACGCCCUGGACCUCAUGUCGGUUGGUGUGUUGGUUGGUCCUCCGUGCUACAGACAGAGUUGUGAGGACGCCCUGGACUGGAUGAUAGUUGGGGUGACAUGUCAGGUGUGCUACGGGGAUUCGAAGAGCGUCAGUGUGGGCCACUGAAGUGAGUACAUUAUGGGAAUUUAUUGAGUAUUAUGAGUGAUAUACAAGUGAAGUUUAGUUGGAUUUUGUAUACUGAUUGUUGCUUUAUUUUUAUAUUUGGGAUAUGAUUGUAACGGAUGUCAGAAUCUCUACAUGAAGUGUUAUUUUCUUGGUACCAUUGUGAGGGAUUGAACUGGGUGUACUAUGAUAUGUGGAUGUGUAUUGAUUUGCCCAUGUUUGCAGGUCGAAACACUUCAAGCAAUAAACACCUGUUACGA